UGUAACUUCAUCUCUGAGGGAUUAGCACCAAAGUAGUCGGCUAAAGUUCGGUCCGCAUUGUUCUUAGAAAUGAAUCAAGAACAAGAACAUGAUCCAUUCACCUCGUCUAGCGUGGGUCUGGCGCAGGGCAAAUGUUUUUCGCAAGCAGGAAGAGCAACGCCUUUCACCAACUCCCGGAUCAAAAAGGUGUAGAUGGCGGGUCCGGCGAGCAGUUUAUACUGGACUCGCACUGCUGUACGUCCUCGGGUUUUUGUCCGCACAUGUUUAUGAAAAUCUUCAGCCUGACGGCGACGCUUACCAUUUUUUACCUCCCGCUUCGCCCGGCGAUGAGCCAGUAUCCACACAUUCACGCCCAGCACAAGUUGUAGCAGCUCCUUCCGGAGGAGAACGAGACAGAGAUGCACCUCGUUUCCGCGAAAGUGACAAGUCCUCUACUUCCAAGACGCACUCUCUGCUUCGGAGAAAACUGCGUCAAACAGAUGUCCGAGGCAGCAAUUCCAGCGUGAACGAGCUACGUGUUCUGAACGAAACGCACACGUCUAUUACUUCAGACUCUCAAGCUGCUGCAGCAACAACUGCUGGUAGUCAGUUGAUUCGCCUGAUCGCGCGGACUUUUGUGGGCAAGGCGUUCACGGUAACGUGUCCCGUCGUGCACGGGCGGUUGCGUGAGGCAGGCUACGACUUCCAGCUGCUGUACGCUGGAGCUGAUCGCAGAAGGAGGGUUCGACCAAAAUAUCUGCAGUUUUGGUCAGCGUCAGGAAGAGCGUCGUCUACUCCUGAGGAUGCGGUGCCAAUGGAGAAUCACCCGAAGACAGAACAUGCCAAUGGCAAGGAAGCAAACGCCGAAACGAGUGGCACGGAGACUGACAGUUUCUCGGCCACAUUGGGCAGACCUGGAGGUCUCCUAUUGCAGGACCUCGGAGCUGUCGUUACCUGGGGCGUUUCCGCGACUGAAGCAAGCGCACUUUAUAAGACAAUCAGACCAACAGGGCGUCGUCAGGGACCUGUCGCUAAUGCUGUGGCAACUGCAAAUGGUGGCUCGUCUCUGACUGCCCGCGAAAUAGCAGCUGCUGCAUCUGCUGCAGCAAAGAAUCGGGAGCAGCGAAGUGCAAAGCAGAUCGAGGAUGAUACGGAGGAGGUUGCACUCGCACGAAGCGAAGAUUUCGCGUCGAGGCGAAUGGCAGAAAAUGGUCAAGCCACAGGGGAACUGCUUGCCGACUUGAAUCAAAUGUUAGAAAUCCGAGGAAUCGCUGGGGGAUUUUUUUCUUCAACGCCGACUCGACCACUACACAGGAGAGUACAUGGCCCCUCAUCGAUUGUAUCAAACUCACGUGUCUCUAAAAAAACGACAGGGGGAAGCACGACACCAGAUCAAGAAAGCGCCAUUGCUUUCACCUGGUUUGGAACUUCCUCAGAAGUAGAGAAUCCUGUCGACCAGCCGAUCGACUUUUCGUCUCCCGUAGUCUUCCAUCUUCGAAUAGAAACAGCUCUUUCUUUUGCUUCUAAACCUCAAAAGGACGCGGGGAAACAGAAACAUGAGAGAAUACUCGAGGAGCAAUUGGCCACAGUGACCCCUGUUACCUCGUCAGCAGUCGAGGCAGCGCCUGGAUCUUCAGGCCUCGCUUCGCUAUUGCAGAAGUUGCAUAUGUCGAUCGAUAAGCUGACAAGCCACCUCGGCACACCGUCUUCAUUAAUAACAGCCGCGGGAGGAGGAGGGGGCGGCGGAACAGCGGACAUAGAACACGAAAAGGGAAGUAUUCCGAAGGAACGAGACGAGGCCCGAUCAGCUGACUCUUCUCAACCAAAUUUUGUUUUGCCUGCUCUUUCCUCUCGACGUUGGGAGCAUCCUCGUAGCGUGCUUGUAGUUGUGGCACGAGCCCUGGCCUUUGUCAGUCAUCAGCAUCGCCUUGGUGUGGCACUAGAUGCUUUUGCAGCUCAGCACGACAUGUUAUUGCGACGCGCUGAAGGCCAAAUUCUGCGCAGUGACCACAUCUUCGGUGUAGGACACUUACACCACGCAUACAACAGCAUUUUUUCGCAGCUGUUGCACUUGACAGCAUUGCAGGAACGCUUCCAGCAGUUUCGGCGGCGCGUCGAGAGUCCGCCGAAGGCGCUCGCCGUAUACUCUGGUCCGCCCAAUUCAGAGAGUACAAAAUUAGGAUCGCUCUCUGCAGAUCUAGCACUGAAGUGGCGUACUGGCAGCGACGAGCCGACCACUGCCCUGCGCUUGCGCGACUACGCCCACGUCGACUUGUCUGGCCUGCAAAACAGACGUAGGAUGUCGGAGAAGACUACAAGCGAUGCAGAAGAAGCGUCGGGAGAUGCGAUGGUCGCAUUGUAUCACGUAAUACAGGCUCGCUUUGAAAUGAGCGAGCUGUUGGAGGAAAUGGAGCGAAAAAUCGAGCGCCACAAGGAACGAGCUGAAGUAUACCUGGAGCGAGUCAAGUUAUGAUCAGACAAGAGAGAAAGUAUCAAAAACUGUUUCCCAAACUUGUCCGAAUUCUUCUCUCUAGCAAGGUCAUUGUCAAAAUCAUGCUCGGUUUCAUUUUGAUAUCUCAACCAUGCUGUUUAAAAAAAGCAUGACCCUAGUGCCUUGAAAGCGUUUCCUCUAUUCCUUCUGUCCUACUUCUACCUCUUACGCAGGUAGGUUCAAGCGAAAUAGAUAUGAUUAUAAAUAUAUUGUACAGAUAAUUAGACAUAGAGAUAGACGAGCUACAGCUAUUCAAAUGAAUUUGAAUUAUAAUCGUCCUCUAAUGCGACACGACCACAGUUCGUAUCUGGAAAUCUGGAUCAUUAUCCUGAUCGUGAUAGAGAUCUUGCACGCUUUCGCGGAGCACGGCGUUUGGGAAAUGUGGAAGAGUUUUGGUGUGUGCCUCUGUUGUGGAAAAGUAGCUUACCACGCACGGACAGGCGAGCUGUUGCUUCUCGACAAUAAUCCAGAUCAUGCUGACCAUGUUGGAUGCUCUGAAAACGGUGAGGAUGAAGACGAAGUUGAUACUGUUAAAUCUACUUCUCGAGAAGAUGAAGCAGCAAAUAACAACCAAAAAGGUUCUCGUAGUGGCAGUCCCUCAGUUGUAAACGCACAUGAUCGUGGCGUUGUUCUGGGUGUCUCAUCUAGGCCCGACAGCGACGCUGAUGAUGACGACGGGAGCAGGGCCAAUGUUAGGCAACCGACUGGAGACCACUGUGUCAGUGGAAUGGGAGUAACAAGGCCAGGGACGGGCGGUAUACUUUACACAAAACUCGGUGGGACGAAGUGAGUUUGUGCUUGUGAAAACCAGGAAAGACGAGUUGCUCAUGUUGUAUGUGCAUAUGCGACUUCUUGUUGAGCUUGAAAACUAAAACGCAUACCUAUUUUUUGUCUGUAUUUGUAGUGCUUGUAGCGUAGGGUAAUGCUUUUCGAAUUCGUAGCCAUCACGACAACUGGCGAUUGCAAGCUCCUGCUCACAACAGGCGUUAGUGUAUUAAAAAAUGUACGAUUUUGAUUCUGCAAUGCUGUCGCCGCUUAUCUCCACCAGCACAAUGAAAUCAUUUUCUGUGCUUGCGUAAGUAGAUGAUACCUGUGAUAUUUUUAUCACCCCUGCCUGUGUCUUCACCUGCAGAUUUGCGGAAAACUAGAUUCAAGAAGAUCUUUCGGGCUGAAUGCCUAUGCAUCUUCUACUUGUUCUUCUAUUAUCAAUAGCGUCAAUAUUACCGAUUCCAGAUUCAUGGCAGCACAAACGGAAACGGAUCACGCAAAACAUCGGUGAAUCCACCAGCAGCUC